GUGUCACUCCUCCUGCUGUUGGCGAUAGCUGAAGCUACGUCAGUGUCAUCGUCUUAGCGGUUUGGGGUUUGACAACACAAACAGCAGCAUCUUUCCGGGUCCAGCCGCGAAUCCCUGUUUCCACUGUGGUUUCUGGAGAGAUGAACAACAACGGGAAUAAGAGAGCUCCAACCACAGCCACUCAGCGACUUAAGCAGGAUUACCUCAGGAUAAAGAAAGACCCUGUGCCUUACAUCUGUGCAGAACCUCUACCCUCUAACAUCUUAGAAUGGCACUAUGUAGUGAGAGGUCCUGAGAAAACACCAUAUGAAGGAGGAUAUUAUCAUGGAAAACUCAUAUUUCCACGAGAGUUUCCCUUUAAACCACCAAGUAUCUAUAUGAUCACACCCAAUGGGAGAUUCAAGUGUAAUACAAGAUUAUGUUUGUCCAUCACAGACUUCCAUCCAGACACAUGGAACCCUGCGUGGUCCGUCUCUACCAUCCUCACAGGUCUGCUCAGCUUCAUGGUUGAAAAAGGCCCCACCCUCGGGAGCAUUGAGACCUCGGACUACACAAAAAGACAGCUGUCGGCCCAAAGCCUGGCCUUCAACCUGAAGGAUAAAGUGUUCUGUGAGCUGUUUCCUGAUGUAGUUGAUGAGAUGAAGCAGAAACAGAAGGCCCAGGAGGAGUUAAGUGCCCGCACGCAGCCCCUCCCUUUACCCGACGUGGUGCCUGACGGUGACCCUCAACACGCCCACUAUGGCCUACCCGCCCUCAACGGCGGCCCUGUCCCCCUGGGGGCCGCCAACCCCGCCCCUGGUCUGCAGCAGGCCAAUCGUAACCAUGGACUUCUAGGUGGAGCUCUGGCCAACUUGUUUGUGAUUGUAGGCUUUGCAGCGUUUGCCUACACAGUCAAGUACGUGCUGAGGAGCAUAGCGCAGGAGUGAGAGGGGCUGGCGUUGUAGGGCAAAGCUCCCCCUGCAGGCUAGUGGACUCCAAAUUCUACAAACACACUCUAUGUG